AUGGCACCCUACCAGUGCCAUGGAACCCCCCCCCGCAUCAGCCCCCCUCACACCAGCCCCUCGCACCCUCUGCCUGUCGGCUCGUCAGGAUCUCGCUUUCAUAUCCUGCCGCUGCCUCUCCCUCCGCAGACGAGCCGUUUAUUAAGACGACAGUGCGAGGAGGAGGCUCAUGCUCGACCCGGCGGCGGAGUCAGGGCACAGCGACUGAACCACAUGAAGCAACAAGAGAAGGAGUCGGAAAAGGCCCCGGAGACAGAGGGACUGGAUCUGACUCUGUUCUGCCGUCGUGAAACCAAACUCUAA